AUGCCAAUCCUCCCUCCAAUCACCCUGUCUUCUCUUGAGCACGGCCUUACUGCUCUUAAAAGUGAUGCUCAACCUCUGAUAGACAAGCUAAAGGCUAAACUCGCGUCCAGAAUAUCAAUUACCAAUGAGGAGGAGACAUGGUUGGAUGGUGCCGCAAACUUCACUGAUGAGACAUUGCUCAUUGCUGAGCUUCAACACGCAAAAAACUUCCAGAUUGCCUUUGAAUCCCUUUCGGAUAACCGGAAGGCAACUGCUCAGCGCAUGCAAGCUGCAAGCAGUGCCAAAAAUCACAACUCGGAGGCAGUUGCAGAUGCUGUGCCAGAGACUGGACGCAAAUUCAACUCAAAAGAAAGCUAUUCCAGAUACAAAUGA